AACUUUUUUUUUUCAUUUUAAAAUGGCCGACGAAUAUUUGUUGUUGCUCUUCUGAAACGAGUACCUAAGUUUUCGCUGAAAAGCAUCUUACUAUGCCAAUCAAUUCAUGAUAAUCACCUAUUGUGUGUGCUUCAAACACAUUAAACCUGUGCUGUGUCCCUGACAUAGGCUUAAACAUGGAUACUAUGGAAAUGCAGCAAAGAAUGGACACUCCACCACCAGUCAUCACAACCUCUUAUCCUAUUCAACAGCAAGUGCACAUAACCGUGGGACAAAAUAUGAACACUGUCAACGUUAAUGUCGUCUCCAUUGGUCAGCCAAUGACCAAGGUAGAGAACUGUGUAGUGGACAAUUCCGACCACCAACAAAACCAUCAAACUCACCAUACAAACGACUGCAGCGAGUCAAAAUCCCACCACCACCACCAUUCAUCGUCAAAAAAGGACAAAAAACGCGAAGCCAUCGACGCACAAGCUCGCGAAGUCAUUUAUAAGGUAAUUAAGUUCUUUGAGAGCGAGAAAAGGAAUAGAGGCUAUGCAUAUCCAGUCGAGAAUGUCAUGAAACGGGCCUCCGCCGCCACCGGGCUGUCUGAAAGCACGAUAAAACGAAUCAAAAGAGACGGACUGAAGGCUGAAGCGAAUAACACCAAAAUGAGUGGCCCUAAAAAGAAACGAGUGAGGCGAACCAAGGUACAACUGGACUAUUACCAACUGUGCGCUCUAAGAGGCAUAGUCAACGGAUACACGAACAGAAAAGAAGUGCCGACUCUUAGUAAAAUAUUGAACACAGCCAGGAUUGAGCUGAACUACAAAGGGGGCAAGGAGUCUCUGAGGCUAAUCUUACUAAAUAAGCUAGGUAUAAAGUUCAAAAAGUGCGAGAAAAAGAAUAAAAUCAAGGAGGAACAGCAACAGAUGGUGAAUAAUGUACAAACGAUGCACCAGCAAGCGCCGCCGCCGCCCACGAUACACACGAAUAUGCAGAUGCACCACGCACCUCCGACUCUACACAACACCAUGAUGCAUCAUCAGCUACCGGACCUGAAACACCACCAGCUAUCUGAGAUGAAAGCACAGACACAAGAACACGAGCAUUGUGUGUAUAGCAGUGUCCUCCCAACGUUAAUUGGAUUAUAAACAUACUCUACCGAGUCUUUUGAUUGCACCAAAUAUUGUUAUGAAUGAAAUAUGGAAGUUUUGGGCCAUUUUGAAAGAAAGAUGCAGUAUUUCUGAUGAUGGCUGGUCUAUUGAAAUGAAAAUUAGCUGCCAUUGGCAGAUUAUUUGAACACACCAGUGGUUUUUGUAUAGCUGAUCAUCCAACCAACCCUUUCAAAGGAUGUUUUCAACGAAAAUUCCUAUGUCAUUAAAGAGUCUUGGGUGGCCUAGACAUAGUCCUGUGUUAAUGGUGAUAGAACUAUGGAAUAUGAAUGCUGACAUAUUGAUCCAGUGUCUUCUACCACAUAAGUCAGUGAUUUUGCUGAUGCUUUGUACCUAUAGUGUAGUUUGAUAGCAAUAACCACUUUAAAUGGAGUGACUUGUACAAUAAUAACAAUGUUUAUUAUAACUAAUGAUGCCUUGACAUCAUCAGUAUUGUAGUCCAAAUGGCUUGAUAAUUAUUUGGGCUAUAAUGUUGAUGCUUAAUAUAAUUAUGAUUUGAUUACAUAUUUUGUUUUGGUGCACUUUAGAGAAAUGAGAAAUGUAGCUACAUAUUUUGAAACUGUACCUAUUAUUAUUUCAUAUUAGUAUGGUUCUAAGAAAGGAAUUUGUGUUUGUUCAUACAAUAAUUUAGGUACACUAUGGAAAAAUCCUUAUUCAU